GCAGCAACUUGUCACCAAAGAUGGCGAUUUGCUGAGUGCUCAUGGAUACACACAUUUCUCGGCUAGUUGUUAUCUUAUCAGAAACGACAACUUUAGAAGCAAAUUAACCGCUUAGCGAGCAACUAUUUUUCCAUCUGAAGCACAGCUGAAACAGCCGCCGCCACUAUGCAGAUCACGCUAAAAACACUGCAGCAGCAGACUAUUCAAGUGGAGAUAGACCCCGAACAAACGGUGAAGGCCUUGAAAGAGAAGAUAGAAGCAGAGAGAGGAAAAGACAACUUUCCUGUAUCUGGGCAAAAGCUCAUAUAUGCAGGGAAAAUCCUGCAAGAUGACACACCGAUUAAGGACUACAAAAUCGAUGAGAAGAAUUUUGUUGUAGUGAUGGUGUCCAAGGCUAAGCCUGCAGCAGCCGCCUCGCCUCCUGUCUCAGAAGCACCCAAGCCCCCUGUACAGGACUCUGGCUCCACGUCAACAGCUGUCCCGGCCUCAACCCCAGCUUCAGCCCCCGCCGCAACCCCCGCAGCUGUCCCCAUUCCCCCCGAGGAGGCCAAAGAGGAGCCCAGCGCCGCAGCCACAGAACCACAACAACCAGCCAGCUCCAGUGGUGCGGGUCAGGGUUUGGAUGCCUCUUCAGCGUUGGUGACUGGAGCCGAGUACGAGGCGAUGCUGACAGAGAUCAUGUCCAUGGGCUAUGAGAGGGAGAGAGUGGUGGCAGCACUACGGGCCAGUUUCAACAACCCCCACAGAGCUGUGGAGUACCUUCUCACUGGUAUCCCCAGCAGCCCGGUCCAGGAGACUAAUCCCCCGGUGCAGGCCCCCGCAUCUGGACCCACAGAAGCUCCAUCUCUAGCAGAAGGAGAGAACCCUCUGGCAUUCCUGCGGACCCAGCCCCAGUUUCUGCACAUGAGACAGGCCAUCCAGCAGAACCCUGCUCUACUACCAGCUCUCCUCCAGCAGCUAGGCAGGGAGAACCCUCAACUUUUACAGCAAAUCAGUCAGCAUCAGGAGCUGUUCAUCCAGAUGCUGAACGAGCCAGUAGGAGAGGGGGGAGACGCGCCGGAGGUCGGAGAGCUGGGGGCGGCAGGGGAGGAAGGCGCGCCCGUCAACUACAUCCAGGUCACACCUCAGGAGAAGGAAGCCAUCGAAAGGUUAAAAGCGUUGGGUUUCCCUGAGGCUCUGGUGAUCCAGGCCUACUUUGCCUGCGAGAAGAACGAGAACCUGGCGGCCAACUUUCUCCUCAACCAGGGACUGGAAGACGACUGAGCGAGCAGAGAUUACUGCCUUCCUGCUCCUCCCUCCUACACCCCCCCCUCCCUCCUCUUCAAAGACUGCACCCCCCAACCCUCCCCCCUCAAAUUUACUGUACAGCUACCAACCUCAGCUCAACCCAACAAGGAGGGGAGGAAAGGGGAGGGCCAGCAGGAGGGAGGGAGGGGAGGGAGGGGAGG